AUGUAUAUAAUACACUCUAAUGUUGUUUUGAGACCUUUUCCAUCAAAAGAAGUCCGAGUCCAAGAAGAAGUUCAGACAGCCAUUCAACCAUCAGUCGUCCUCAUCCCCUGCUCACUACCAAAGGGUUAUGCCUCCAAAACCAUCACAGUUAUGAGAUCUUGCAUAGCACAAAUUGCCAAGAUCAGAGACAAUCGCUCCGUCUCUGAUGACUUUAUGGUACAAAGGGUUAUGUCUGGUAUCGCUCACCAACGCCCUUCCAAACCCAAAUACAACAAUAUGUGGUGCCCAUUACUUAUAUUUGACCACAUCCGUGAUCAACAUGCUGACUCAACCCAAUUGAGUACAAAGCAAUUACUAGCCAAGUCUGUUGUGCUCAUUAAGCUCUUUUGUCUAGCUCGAGCAUCGGAUCUUGAAAAAUGGUCAUUCAGGUCUCUUGACCAGUCAAUCACUAAUUGUAUUAGGGGUACCAUUGUCAAGGCAAAGGAACAACGUAAUAGUGACUCCCCAUCUGCUCUGGUAUUCAAAGGUAUUAAGAAACCUUCUAUAUGCCCCCUUGCUACCCUCAGGGAGUACCUAUCAAGGACAAAGGCCAAGCGUUCAAAGAAGUCAAAAGACGCCGUCUUUAUUGACUCUUCCGGUCUCCCCCUUGUCGACAAGGAUUUCUCGUCUAUCACUUUAUCGUUCCUGGAUAAAGCCGGAGUAGAUACCAAUGUUUAUAAAGCUCAUUCAACUCGAGCGGCAAUGGCCUCAUGGUUAUUGUUAAACGGUAUUUCCCUUCAUAGAGUGAAGAAAUUAGGUCGCUGGAGAUCAAACGCUGCGCUAGAGAAGUACUAUGAUAUGGAAAUUAUAGAUCAAGAUUCAAAAAGGUCUAAAGUUUUUGUGUCAAAUUAA